GAGACAGAAACAGAAUCGCCCAAUGGUUAUGUGUUGUUUAAUUAUGAUCGGUUUAACAUUCAUCAUUUGGCUUCUUGCCAUGGCAACUCCAGACUGGAUAGUUUUCUACGUUAGAAACAACUUGUAUCCUACUGGAAUGAGCUUAAAAAUGAGCCUAUUUUGUUACGUAACCUGUGAAUCUACUAGGACAUGUGACCUUAUUGCUAUUUCCUGGGAUAUGGCGGAUCCAAAAUCUUACCCGUCAAACCAGCCCUCUAUACCCGAGAUUCAGAUAGUGAGUACUUUCGCUAUCAUUCUGUGCGGAGCAGUGUUCGUGCUAGAGCUGGUCAACUUUAGGAUAUUUUCACUCAAUCCAUCUAAAACGGUCACAAGUGCAAUAUUGAUGCUAAUAGCAAUACUUUUUAAGAAAUGGGUUAAAAUAGAAUCCACGGAUGUUUUGUCCUACCUUAAGGGAUUGAAGAGUUGACUUUGGGGAAAAAAUCAUUUAUGGAUUGACAAAUAAUUCGUACAUCAAAUACUGUGUUUCAGUCGUAUCAGAGACUGUGCUCAUUGGUAGAAUUGGACGUAUGGUAACUCGAGUGACAGACCAAUUUAAAAGAAUACACCGCUCAGAAUUAGCUGAUCUUGAAAGAAAGUUACGAGGAGCCGAUAUAACGAACAUCGAUGAAAUAAUCUCGUUUUUCGUGUACCGGAUUGAUUUUCCGUAUUCUAUUUUUAUUGCCUCUCUUGGGGUCCUUACUGGAGUUUUGGCCUUCAUCUUCAUCAUCAUUGUGCAUUACCGGAACAGGAAAUCACAGCGGAGUGAUACAGUGUGUGACGGAGAUAAUCCGUGUAGAUCCAAGUCUACCUCCUAAAUAUAUAAUUUUCUUUGGAGAAAAGGAAAGAAUAUGCACCUCAAUGCUGAAUACUCAUUUUCGUAAGCCUACCUCAUGGAUAUUUAUUCGAAUAAACGAAGGAAGAAUGACUUCACAUAUAUGUAACUUAAAUUAAUGCUGAAUACUAGUACAAAACUGAAUACUGCAUAUGUAGCUCAAUUAUGAUUGUUUUUUUUUUAAAUAAUCAUUUAACAUGCAUUUAUUUUAAUUAACGAUGCUUUACAUGCA